CUGGGUCUCCGGGCGGCGCGGGGAGCGGGAGGGCUCUUCUCACACAAGCGCUUCCUCGCGGAGGGGUUGGAGCUGCGGCAGCCGCAGGCCUGGGCCGCCCCUUCUCUUCCGCCUCCUUCUCUUCCUCAGGGCUCCCCGGUCCGCUCGCCCUCCGACGCUGCCCAGUAAUUUCACAAGAAACUGAAGUUUUGAUCAAAAAAUAUUUUGAAUUUGAAACCAGACAUGUACUAGACUUUAGAUUCUUUCAUUUGAUUAAGGUAUGAUCUGAAUAUGCGUUGCUUGGCAGCUCGGGUCAACUAUAAGACUUUGAUUGUGAUCUGCGCACUCUUCACUUUGGUCACAGUACUUUUGUGGAAUAAGUGUUCCAGCGACAAAGCGAUCCAGUUUCCACGGCACUUGAGUAGUGGCUUCAGAGUGGAUGGAUUAGAAAAAAGAGCAGCAGCGUCUGAAAGUAACAACUAUGUGAACCAUCUGGCCAAACAGUCUGAGGAGGCGUUUCCCCAGGAACAGCAGAAAGCACCCCCUGUUGCUGGGGGCUUCAACAGCAAUGGGGGAAGCAAGGUGUUAGGGCUCAAAUAUGAAGAAAUUGACUGUCUCAUAAAUGACGACCACACAAUUAAAGGGAGACGAGAGGGGAAUGAGAUCUUCCUCCCAUUCACUUGGGUAGAGAAAUAUUUUGACGUUUAUGGAAAGGUGGUUCAAUAUGAUGGCUACGAUCGGUUUGAAUUCUCUCAUAGCUAUUCCAAAGUCUAUGCACAGCGAGCUCCUUAUCACCCUGAUGGUGUGUUUAUGUCCUUUGAAGGCUACAAUGUGGAAGUCCGAGACAGAGUCAAGUGCAUAAGUGGAGUUGAAGGUGUACCUUUAUCUACACAAUGGGGACCUCAAGGCUAUUUCUACCCAAUCCAAAUUGCACAGUAUGGGUUAAGUCAUUACAGCAAGAAUCUAACUGAGAAACCUCCUCACAUAGAGGUAUAUGAAACAGCAGAAGAUAGGGACAGAACCAGCAAGCCCAGUGACUGGACCGUGCCAAAGGGCUGCUUCAUGGCUAGUGUGGCCGAUAAGUCUAGAUUCACCAAUGUUAAGCAGUUUGUUGCUCCAGAGACCAGUGAAGGUGUAUCUUUGCAGCUGGGGAACACAAAAGAUUUUAUUAUUUCAUUUGACCUCAAGUUCUUGACAAAUGGAAGUGUGUCCGUGGUUCUUGAGACUACAGAAAAGAAUCAGCUCUUCACUGUGCAUUAUGUCUCAAAUACCCAGCUAAUUGCUUUUAAAGAAAGAGACAUAUACUACGGCAUUGGGCCCAGAACUUCAUGGAGCACAGUUACCAGGGACCUGGUCACUGACCUCAGGAAAGGAGUGGGCCUUUCUAACACGAAAGCCGUCAAGCCAACCAAAAUAAUGCCCAAGAAGGUGGUUAGGCUGAUUGCAAAAGGGAAAGGAUUCCUGGAUAACAUUACCAUUUCCACCACAGCGCACAUGGCCGCGUUCUUCGCUGCCAGCGACUGGCUGGUGCGGAACCAGGACGAGAAGGGCGGCUGGCCCAUCAUGGUGACCCGGAAGCUCGGGGAGGGCUUCCGGUCUCUGGAGCCGGGGUGGUACUCGGCCAUGGCCCAAGGGCAAGCCAUUUCGACACUAGUCAGGGCCUACCUGCUGACAAAGGACCAUGUAUUCCUCAAUUCAGCUUUAAGGGCAACAGCUCCUUACAAGUUCCCGUCAGAGCAGCACGGAGUUAAAGCCGUGUUCAUGAAUAAACAUGACUGGUAUGAAGAGUAUCCAACCACACCUAGCUCCUUUGUUUUGAAUGGCUUUAUGUAUUCUUUAAUUGGGCUGUAUGACUUAAAAGAAACUGCAGGAGACAAACUCGGGAAAGAAGCGAGGUCCCUGUAUGAGCAUGGCAUGGAAUCCCUUAAAGCCAUGCUCCCCCUGUACGACACUGGCUCAGGAACCAUCUAUGACCUCCGGCACUUCAUGCUGGGCAUCGCCCCCAACCUGGCCCGCUGGGACUAUCACACCACCCACAUCAAUCAGCUGCAGCUCCUCAGCACCAUCGACGAGUCCCCCAUCUUCAAAGAAUUCGUCAAGAGGUGGAAAAGCUACCUUAAAGGCAGCAGGGCAAAGCACAACUAGAGCUCACAACCAAAAUCGGAUUUCAGCCUCUGCUGUGCACAGAGCUGCGGCCCUGUGUCAGCAGCGCACAGGCACGUGUUCAAGGUCGGAGGCUGGGUUUUUGUGGAUGACAUCAGAGUGGUACAUGAUCCUAAAACCAGUCUUCUGAGAUCACGGCAUUCCAUGGGUUGGGUGUGUAGAGUUGUAGGUGGCAUUUAGAGCAGGAAAGUGUUUAGUCGGUGGGCUGAACAAAGGUGUUUAACCUUGCCUUGCUUUCACCCUGUACAGUUCCACAGGUAGCCCAGCCCCUCUCGGUUUGGGAAAAUGAAUGGUAAGUAGCUGUUACUGGCCAACUGUCUGUCACUUACCUGAAAACUUAGUAUGGGGUGCUUUUAAAAUGUGAUUAUUUAUGUUUAUGUUGAAAGCAGACUUUAAAAAAAUAAUGUGCUGUAAUACAGUAAAUAUUUACUUGUAGCCUGAAUAGUGGACUGUGUGCAACUUUUUUAAAUGAUGUGGUGUUUUUUUUCUAUAGAUUAACUUCUUGGGGGCAAAUGAGCAUAUUUGUUGUUUUUGUUCAAUUUGUUAUAUAUGGAGAAUAUUUUGAAUUUAUGGUUUUCUUGAUGUGUAAAUUAAAAACACAGUCAGUGUUCAGGCUUCACAGUUAUGUGAUGUAAGCACAACUAAAAUGAAACGUGUUGACUGCACAAAUUACAAAAAUGAUGUUAUCUGUUUUAUAAAACUUGAUCUACAAUCAGUAAAGAUUUGAUAAUCAGUCUAUCCCUCCCUUA